CCUGUCAGUAAAGAGGAAACAGAAGCGAAGCUCAGACUCAGAACAGAACAGACUCUUCUACUCACGAGUGGAAUGAAAACAUCUGAAUUAGUCACUGGACUCCGCUUUGAAUCCGACUAAAGGUACAAAUCGACGACUUGGUACAGUACAGUUCCACUAUUUUGGAAGUUUUGCUCUGUUUUUGGUAGAUUUGAUCAUCUUCAGUAUAAUAAUACAGCGGGACUUUGUGCUGGAGAUUGAAUCAUUUGGGACACUGACGCCUUGGUGUCCAAGCAGCAUCUUUGCAGCGCACUCUUGUAUUUGACUGUCUGAUUUGAAAUAUGUCCACAAUAAUGGAACAGCCUUUUUAUGACGACUCGUUUCUCUCUGCUUAUGGCCAUCCAGGCGCAGCGCUGCCAGACUACAAGCUGCUAAAGCAGAAUAUGAACUUGAACUUCUCCGACUCAUAUCGGAACUCAAACUUCAAGUCGCAGCACCUGCGCGCCGACAGUGAUUUCUAUCCAGCGGGGACGGCGGACGUAGGCUCUCUGAAGCUCGCUUCUCCUGAAUUGGAGCGACUGAUCAUCCAAAACAGCAACGGGGUCAUCACUACAACGCCGACACCUGCCCAUUACCUCUACAACCGCGGGAUCACAGAGGAGCAGGAGGGCUUCGCUGAGGGCUUUGUUAAAGCGUUGGACGACCUGCACAAGAUGAACCAGAUGGCUCCGCCGAACGUGUCCAUCGGCUCCGGUGGCAUUUCCUGCUCGGCUCCAGCCUCCGUGUUCGGCUCAUCCAUGCAGCCAGAGCAGCUCGAGUACACCACCCUGGGCAGCUGCACCACGAACCCCAGCCUGUCCUCCGCAGCCAGCUAUCCCUCCACCACUAUCAGCUACCUGCCGCACCACCAGUACCACCAGCACCCGCAGGCCGUUGCGCACGGAUCUCACCACUUCCAGCACUCCCUGGCCGGCGUGGGCAUCCACUCGCAGCGGUUCGGCGGGUUGAAAGAGGAGCCUCAGAUAGUUCCCGACAUGCAAAGCAGCGACAGCGGUUCUCCGCCGAUGUCCCCCCUCGACAUGGAGAACCAGGAGCGCAUCAAAGCGGAGCGCAAGCGGCUGAGGAACCGGCUCGCAGCCUCCAAGUGUCGGAGGCGCAAGCUGGAGCGCAUCUCCCGUCUGGAGGACAAGGUGAAAGUGUUGAAAACGGACAACGCCGGACUGUCAAACACGGCUUCUCUAUUGCGAGAGCAGGUGGCCCAACUCAAACAGAAAGUCAUGACACACGUGAGCAGUGGCUGCCAGCUCAUGUUAGCGCCCAAAGUAAAGUCUUAUUGAAGGAGCAAUGCACUUUGAAAAACACUGGACAAGAACUGCACUGACAACACAGUGAACGAUGUCUUUACGCGAUGACAGAACUGGAUCAUUAUGGUCCCUUGCUGAAAAAAAGGAGCCUACACAGAAACCAUGAAAGACUAAAACACUUCGGGCAUUUUUGAACAAGUUAUUGAAAGUGUCGUCUUGGCGUUGCCUGUUUACAUUUUACUUUAGUUUGUGAAUCAUUCUUAUGUAAGUUAUUUGUUUGUCAGGUUGAGCCUGAUGAGCCUGUUUUUUUUAACUUGUACAGUAUAUAUUUAAGUAAAUGAAAUUAUGAAACU